UUCAGUGGAAUGAAGAUGAGUCAAUAUAUUUUCAUCUGUGUCAGGAUCUGUUUCAUUCUGGGCAUGAAACAAUGUUUUGCGUAUGGAAAACUUCACAAGCCAAAUUUAGAAGUGCUCACAGAUAAUACAGAUGAUGUCAUUAUCAUUGGUGAAACGGUACAUUUCCAUUGCACAAAUUCAUCUAAUGCAGACAAGUUCUUCCUGACUAAAGAAACCAAUAGUAUCAAUGUGACAAGAGAACAAUUCGAAUCAACGUUCGCUAUUACAAAUGUAAAUAAUAAUGACUCCGGCCUGUACUCCUGCAAAUACAGCUGCAAUUCCGAAAUCUCAGAACCCAGUGAUCCUGUGGACAUCUAUGUGAGCAACAGAUAUCCACCACCAACAAUUACUGUUGUACCCAGGAACGUUGUCCAGCCAGGAGAGGACAUCACAAUAAUGUGUUCUGCUUCCUAUUCAAACAUAAUAUUUACCCUUUACAAGGGUGACACUUUACUCGUGGAAGAUGCCAAAAAUCCAUUGUCAUAUAUUAUAAGAAAUGCAAAGGAGAAAGACGUGGGGCAAUAUAUGUGUAAUUAUAGGACCAAACCAGAUAAUGAAUUACAGAUCCAAUCUACUUACAGUGAUCCUAUGAUAAUACGUAUUAAAGAACUCCCCAGACCCUCACUUUCCUGGAGCUCAAACUCUGACACUGCAAAUGAUGCUGUGCUGAAUAUCAGCUGUACAGCACCGGUGAAAUAUAAAAGGAUGUGGUUUCAACUGCUUAAUACCAGCAAAGAUAUAGAAGAUGAAAUAAAAAGUGUGUCUGAAAACCAUGUCACAUUUGUCAUCCGAUAUCCUGAUCACUCUCAGAAGAAAUACUACUGUAUAUAUCGAAUAAAGAUGGGUGAUCACUUUGCAGAUUCGAUAAUCAGCGAUCCAGCUAUUAUAUGGGCAGGUGAUGACAAUGGCCAUAUAAAAGGAAACAUUAUACGCCUUUUUCUGUCAGUAUUAAUCCUGAUGUUAAUGAGUGUCAUUAUUGUGAAGCAUUUCAAGAGUUUCCAGGAAACUAAAAGGCAUCUACCUAAUCUGCCUACUACUCGGAAGAAACUGGCAGUAAACUCUGACUAUACACAGAUGGUAAUAAUGAAGACUGAAGAUGUGUUGGAUGAGGCUUUCCCUAACACAGACAAUUCCUCAACCAUGGAGAAUGUGGAGACUCCAGCACUGCUGCAGUCAGAGAGGACGCCAUGUGAAGAAGACAGCGGUGAAGGCUGCAGUCCCUCCAAAGCAACUGAAGUAACAGCAGAGCAGAGCUUAGGGCAUGUUUCUGGAGUGUAGCCAUGAACUAUAAAGGAAUAGCCCUAUGAGGAGGUCUAUAUAAAUCACCAUUAAUUAUGCAUUUAUAAAUGAGUUUCUGAAGUUCAUGAGUCUUUCUUAUAUAAACAUAUAUUACUACAUACCGGCUGUGUAUCUAUCACACACAGUGCAUUAGACCUUUAUUGUAUCCCUAAUAUAUACAUUUAUAUAAAUUCAUUAAUCUAUUAUUUGCUCACAAACAUUGAUGAUGUUUUGAAAAUAUACAUUAUAUACCAAUAUUAUUAUAUUGUAUUUUAAUACUUGUUUUUUUCUGUAGUUGUACAU